AUGGAUUUCAUUUCAAAGUACGCGGAAUUGAAACAGCACGGAAGACAACCUUCACUUAAAAUGAUUAAUCUCCAUCCAUUUCAGUAUAUUUACCUCAAGAAUGGAUGCGAGUUCAAGGCAAAGGGGACAACCACCCUUUUAAUUUUAGUGAAAUCUGCAGUGUACAAUUUUCAUUCACGUGAUGCUAUUCGAGCAACAUGGGGUAACGUGACAGGAAAGAACGUUGAAAUCGUGUAUUUGCUCGCAUAUCGCGCAGCUCUUCAACCGGAAGUUGAUAGAGAAAUGAUGUCUCACGGCGACAUUAUACAGGAGUCUUUUCUUGACGCCUAUAUGAACAACUCUUAUAAGACUAUAAUGGGAUUUACCUGGGCUGUUCAAUACUGCAGUGAAGCCAGUCACAUUGUGUUUGUAGAUGAUGAUCAUUACCUGAGUAUUCGAAACGUCCUUAACUUCAUACACACGCUGGGUGUAGUCAACAAUAAGCAAUUGAUGGUUGGGCAUUUACAUGCAAAUAGUGGCCCGUAUAGAUCAAUAUUUUCAAAGUGGUAUGUAUCACCUGAGCAAUAUCCGUUUGAUACAUGGCCGCCCUAUUUGGCAGGAGCUGUUUAUAUGGUGUCUCGGGAGGUAGCCAAGAAAAUGGUGUAUGCUUUUCCGUAUGUAAAAUAUAUAGGGAUUGACGACGCGUACAUAGGUAUAGUAGCUCGUAAGAUAGGUAUAGAACCACAACAUGAGGAUCGGUUUAUGAGUCCUCCUUAUUUACUAUACACUGAUCCCACACAGAUGGUGUACGGGGAAUUCAAAAACAUAGAAGACUUUAAAACAGUUCAGCGUAUUCUGAAAAAUUAUGAUGCAGUUAAAAUGUGUGCUUUUAUUUGGAAGUGUCGAUAUCUCUUUUUACUUUGA